GUUAUUUGUGCCGUCACCUUAUAAGUUUUCAAUCCUUUCAUUCACACACGUUGGUUUUACACUUUCUUCUUCUUUCUCUCUCAAAAAAAUUCCCCUUUUUUUCACUCUCUUCUUCUUCUUCUUCUUUCACACUCUCACAAUCUCUUUCUAUCUCUGGUAGAACAACAAUAACUACACAAUCACAAAGGUUUGAAGGUGUAAUAAACCAAUGAUGGAUGAAAAUCCUAAGAAAAAAGGCACCGAUGGGAUGGUAGCCCCUAAAAAAAGGAUGAGCGUUGUGUUUAGAGACACCGCUAAUACCAGAAAUCGAAAUGAUCAAAUUUGCAGCCGAGUAGGUUGCAGUAGUACUGCCAACCCUCCUAAGGUUGCUCAAGUCAGACCUUCCGAAAAAGGUAAAUCUUCAAGGCCAUCAAUGCAGUCAACUUCAAGUGGCAAGGAGGUAAUCGGUAGUUCCCGUAGAACAGCUACAAACCCAGCAAAACCACUUGUAAAGCCUCGGAGAACAUUAACUUCAAGUGGACUUCAAGCUGACAAGGAAGGUAAAGAGUCUACUAAUGUAACUUUGACGGAAGUAAGAAAAUCUAGCGGGGUAUCAAAUUUAAGUUCUCAAAGGAAUUUUAAUCAAAGACCUGGAACUAGAUUUAGUCAACGAGAAAAUGAAAGCAUUCGUCCGGCGAAACAAGCUGUUUCUAGCAGCAAGUAUGGAUUGAGGAACCUCAGAUGCAAUACUAUAUCUGAUAUCAUCCCUUCUUCUUGCUCAUCAUCAGAUUCUACCCUUAAUAGAAAGAAGGCUAUGGUAAAAAAGAUAAACACUGGAGGGGAAAGUAGCUCAACUGUGAAAGGGAAGAUGACCGGUUCUUCAUUGGAAGGAUUGAAUUCUGGCUCCAGAAAUGGAAUAUCUAUAUCUGAGGCAAGAGGAUCUAAAAAUAUUCCUCCUCGUAGGGACAAUAGCAGAACAACAGUUAGACCUGAAAGAUCGAUUAGUCGUUAUGCCAGGGGAGGAUUGUCUAGCCAAGGAAAUGAAAACCUCACGGAAACCAAUGAGCCCCGUGUUCAGUUACCUAGUUCGCCUCAUCGUAUUGAUCUUAAUUCUCCUGUCAUUGAAGUGUUAAGUGAUAUUAUGCCUAUCUCUCCUGAAGAAUAUGACACCCCUCAUUCUCUAAUAAAUCAGAAUGGAUUUCGGCGUUACGAUAUGGACAAUAUUUCUGAGGUAUUAUUGGCACUAGAGAGAAUUGAGCAAAAUGAAGAGUUAACCCAUGAGCAAAUUCGUUUACUAGAGACCAACUCGAUUGUUAGCGGGCUUGACUUAUAUGAUCGUCAUAGAGACAUGCGAUUGGAUAUUGAUGACAUGUCAUACGAGGAACUCUUAGCUCUUGAAGAGAGAAUGGGUACCGUGAGCACAGCUCUAACAGAAGAAGCACUCUCAGAUAGUCUUAAAAGAAGUACCUAUCAGUCUGCGCCUUCAGAUGAUGCAUCCAACUGUGUUAAUGGGGAUAAGGGCGAUAUCAAAUGCUGCAUUUGCCAGGAUGAAUAUGUUGUUGGAGAUGAAGUUGGGAGACUGCAAUGUUCACAUAAGUAUCAUGUUGAUUGCAUACAGGACUGGUUGAGGUUGAAGAACUGGUGCCCUAUUUGCAAAGGGUCAGCGGCACUGUCCAAUUCAUCGCCAUCUCAUUAAUUGCAUUGGUCUUUCCCAUUUGUACAAAACUGUUCCUUUCUUUUUCCUUCUGCACAAAGUAUAGUUGUUUCUAGUCUCUUCUAAUUGGUCCUAUGUAUAUAGCAAAUUAGUUCAUCCCAUUUAAUGAUGAAAUAAACCGUGGCUUAACGGGCUCAAGUGGGAUCUAGAUUCUCUUCAGUCACAAAAACACACUCACCAAAUUGGAUUCAUUGGGUGAAUAUUAGACGGCUCACAUUAUGAUUUUCAAAACAUGAACUCAAAAUGUGAACCGUCUAAUGGUUUCGAUCAAUAACCGCAUUUUUUGUGUGACAGCAGAGAAUUUGUUUCCACUUUUUGAUUAGGGAUUCAUUAUCUUGUGGAUGGAAAUAGGCUCAGCUUAUUGUUUUUUUUUUUACUGAAAAACAUAACAAAUCAAUUGAUUUGCAUGAGACUUUGUGUUUUUCUAUGACUAGAGAUUUCGUUUCCACUUACGGAGUUGGAAUUGAUUGUUUUCUUGCGGAAUAAAGUAGUCUCAUCUCAUUGUUUUUUUACUUAAAUGAUUAACAAAUCAAGUGAUUUGCAUAAA